AUGUUGUCGGAUAUAAUUUUACAAGAGAAUGUCAUACCACCUGCCGUGAGGAAACCACAGAUCGAAGCACCGCGGGAAAUAGCUCCGAAAAAGACUUUCGGACUACGUGACCCGAACGUGGUCACACGACCUUUAAAUCCACUGAAUUUAACUACUUCCAAGUCAACUUCUACCGAAGUGUCCCAAAAAACGCAGUCUUCGUUGGACGACUCGAUAGAACAAUACCACCCCCCUUCAGCAGCUGAUGAUUAUGCUGAUAUAUUUCAGUACACGGGGCGUUUAGAUGAAUUGUUGAGUGGCGUAACUAAUCUGAUUGCUCAUCAGGCUGAGUUAUCCCCAAAUCCAACCAGUUCCAAUAACGUUUACUCAAACGAUGAAGAUGAUACACUUGAGGAAGAUUUAUACCUUCCAGAUGAACUUUUAGCCUCACUUUAUCCGCGUUUGUUCUGA